UAUCAGAUUGUUCGCCGUACCACCCAAGCAGAGGGACACAUAAUCUUCGCGUUUCCGUUUCACGAGUAACGGUUGCAAACGCUUCAUCGAACUCUUAUGAUUGUCUACUUGCGAAGCGCUCCGCGGAGACCUUUGCUCGACGCCUCAAUGGUAGCUUCCUGCUUCGAGAGGUUGCGGCGGCGGCGGCGGCGAGCACCACCGCAGAUGGUAUCGGAGGCGGGCUGUGUGUCCUUGCCGGGGGCUUGUUCCUUCAUCUUGUCAGAGGCGAUCUGGCUCCCCAUUUUAUCGGUAGAAGCCUUUUSUUGUGUCGUGGCACCCUUUUCCUGCGUCAUGGCUUCUGUCUUCAAGAGGCCGCGACGGGUKCCAGAAUCGGUYGGAGGAACGACCUCGUCGUCCUCYACCUCGUCGAGGACACAACUCCAGUACGCCACCGGUARGACCUCGGUUCCGGUCGAGUCCAAGAAGACCCCACUUGCCGGGACAGUUUCGUUGGUAAGCUGCAGGAUGGAAAGRUGGGUGGGUUCCGGGUCAUUAUCRAUGGAAUAAAAUUCACCCUGCUCCGUUCCGGCAUCGAAUGGAAAGGAGGCGAUCACAAAGGACCGGUACCAGUAUUCCUGCGCUUCGUCYAGAGGAGARAAGUUAUAGAUUCCGCUGAACCAAUCUGGACUCGGUGCUGCCAUGGAAAUGGUGGAUAARAGCGGGUAUUCGGGGCUCAGCUCGAUGGCAUCGAGCAAUUGGGGUGGAUCCAAUGAGUUUGCUUGGCUGACACCGACCACAAUAUCUCCAGCGAUUCCUUCGGCUUCAGCCAGGCAGUAUUCUCCUUCAAGCAGCGAUGUGUCWCCUCCCUGUGUUAUAGAAACAAAUUUGUUGUAGAAGCAAAAACAUGRUGAGAAACCACUGAAUGGGAAAGAAAUGGACCACCGAGAUCAUUKCGAGYGGAUCGAAAAAAAAAGGAAAAACGUACCUCCGCAACGGCUUCGACACCGGGAGACGCAAAUGUUCCUGGAGACCAAACCUCGUAGUUGGUGUUGUGGGCGAUAAGAACGGGGGGCGACCAGUGGGCCAUGCCCGAAGGGUAAUCCUCGGGAUGACGUCUUCCGGACCAGGUGUUUGUGAGCAUGCAGGAGUAACCGACAGUUUGGGUGGCGGGGACGGUGCUAGCGAUGGUUUGAAGGAUGUCCAUAGAGUGAGUCAUGUUGAUAGUAAGUGUUUGUGUUUGUAUUUGUUUUGUAGUUGCUUUUUGAUUUGAUUGCUUUUUGAUUUUGUGAGAAGAAAGAUUGGUUUCUCAAAAUCCGAUCCAAAGAUCAAGGCCAACGGGAAAARUUCGCAAAUCCUCGGAGGAGAUCGUUCGGACGGGAAUAAAAUACGCUUGUGCAGGCUCAAAACAAAAUUCGUUGAAGUCGCUCAGUGUUCCAGUACGAAUGUCGAUUGAUUCACGGAGGAAAGUGAGACUCGRAACAGCGCAGGCCGUCUUUUUUAGAUUUUAAGACCAAACAUACCGCCACAAUACAAGCGUCUUUACGACAGCGAAGAAUGAUACGUACUGUAGAGUGCCGUAAUCAAUGCUAUGGUACCGGUACGUACUUGUACGCAUCGUAUUAAAAGUACGAGUAUUCAUUAUUAUUAAAAUUUCUACGAUACAAAUUGUUCCUAUCGUCUCAAGAAAUUCGCUCAUCAAUUUUACAUCCUUUACACCCUUCACCAAAAUCUACAAGCCGAACUUAACAGCAAUGGAUACCAAAUGGAURCCAUAUCAUGCUACUUUACAAAUGGACAAAGUAACAAGGACGAAGAAAUAUUCGAGCGAAGUUCCAUUCCUGUAUCGAUCUCUCAAUUCCUUUCGGAGAGAACAAGCGUGAAUCUUUCGUGCUCUAUACAAUGAACAAUCUAUUCGCCCGUGAUCGAGACAAUGCGUGCGGAUAAGGACCAGCUUAACCGAACAAUGCAAUCAACUGCUAUGACAUGUGGGCGACCAAAGAGYUCCUGGCAUAGCACAUCGAUCGAGGCAUCAAAGAGUGAAGGAAAGAAUCUUGGAAGGGUUAUAGGUGAUGGACAAGGACUCGCUGACAUGGACGAAUGCUCUGGGCCGAUUGCACAUGAAAUCAGUAAGAAGUGAAUUCUUUGGUCAGUUGGAAAUGAAAAUCCGAGACAAUCUCAGACCUUGUCUAGAUGCAACUUGUAUUCCACAAUGAGAAAACAUUAAUUCUAAGAAACAGUUCAGAYACUA